CACACACGGACACGGGGCGCCUCGGGGCCCCGCUACCCGCGGCGGCCCCGCGGGCCCGGGCGAGCGCGACGCGCCAGACGAGGGGCCCAGGCGUUGAGGGGCGGAAAACGGGGGGAGUGGGCAGGUCCCCUCGCGUCUUUCCCCGCCGGACAGCCCGGUCUGGGCCGUGUGGGGACGGUCUCGGGCCUUGCGUGGGGCGGGGUGGCCGCUCCCUGUCACGACCUGACACCCUGCGGGCGGCUGAGCGGCGUGCCGGAGCUUGGCGCCAAAGGUGCCCUGAGGAGAGGCAGCCCGGGUGGGAGGGGAGCGCUUCCCUCCGCUGCAGCGCUCCUCAGCCGGAAUCUGUAACUCCUGCUUUGAACUCUUAAUAAAGCGUAUGAGGGGAGCAUAAACGUGGGAUAAGAUGUGUUAGUUUGGACUGUUUUUCUUUCCUAGCAGUCAAAGUAGUUUCUGUUGGUGAGACACUGUCUGAUAGCGCAUCGGUGAAAUGUGGGACGUCCUCUGUGCUUACAGUUUUUAACUUAAAGCAGUUUUCUGUUGUCAUUUAACCUACUUAUUAAGGUGGCUUGUAUUUAAUGGUAAAUGCUUAAUAUUAGAGUUAAAUGUGCUAGAAGUUGUGAGUGCGCACCUUGGAGUACUUUAGCUUAAUGGCUUUUUAAAAAUUAUUCAUCAUUCCUAAAGUAUCAGUAAGACUAAGCAGUUGGUUAAAGUGUAUGUGCACAGAGAGAUAUUUGUAAGGGUACGUAAAUAUGUGUAAAUAAGGUUAAGGGUGUACAUGGCAGAUGAGCAUACACCAGAUGCAGAUUCUUGCUUGUGACCCACUUUGCUGGAAACUGUUUUCUAGUUUGUUUUAGGCCUGUGUGCCAGACAAACUGUUGAGGAAGAUUCUUCAUAAUAAAAUAGAUGCUUUAAUUAGAGAGGUUGUUGAUUUUUGUUUGAGGAUAAUUUCAAGAUUCAGUCAAUCUGAGACAUACUCUUAAGGCUGUAAUAUGGUUCAAAGGCAACAUCACAAGCCCUUUGAUUCUUCACACCAAUCGUAGCUGCCUUAAUGUGACCUUUUUGGUAUCUAGUGACAAACUUACCUGUCAAAGCCUUGUAGCUUGUUGGCAGUGCCAACCCAAAUCUCGGUUGGUGCCAGUGGUUCACCCUUGUUGUGUAAUAAUAUUUUUUUAGAUGUGGCAUUUUGUUGCAGAUAAUGGCCAAAUCUGUGCUCUCCUUUUUAAGGACAAUACUUUUUUACCAUCUGCAUUAUUUGAUCGAGUUACAUUGAUGAUUGGUGCUAAUUUAAAUUAAGGUAUGAACCUAAUUGAGGACAGACCUGCACAAAUACAGGAUUGACUAUUUUAACCACUAAGCUAUUCAACAAUAUGUUUGCUUUUCUGAUCUCUUUUCUCAGAUAUUUUUUAUCUGAUGCAUACAUAGUCCGACAUGAAGGUCAUGUUGCUGUUUAAACAAACUAGAGGGAAUUUAGUUACAAACACAACACAGUCAUAGAGGAGAGCUGAAAGCACUGGAAUUAAAGCUGACUGCAAUUAAUAUUUUCGGAUGUCACUAGUAGAUUUGGGAAAGAAACUUUUAGAAGCUGCACGAGCAGGUCAAGAUGAUGAAGUCCGCAUUUUGAUGGCAAAUGGAGCACCUUUUACCACAGAUUGGCUGGGAACAUCUCCACUCCAUCUGGCAGCACAGUAUGGACACUACUCAACAACAGAAGUGUUGCUGCGAGCAGGUGUAAGUCGGGAUGCCAGAACGAAAGUGGACAGAACUCCAUUACAUAUGGCAGCAUCAGAAGGCCAUGCCAGCAUAGUAGAAGUCUUACUGAAGCAUGGUGCUGAUGUCAAUGCGAAGGACAUGCUCAAAAUGACUGCACUUCACUGGGCUACUGAACAUAACCACCAAGAAGUUGUAGAACUCUUAAUAAAGUAUGGAGCAGAUGUACAUGCUCAGAGUAAAUUUUGCAAAACAGCAUUAGAUAUUGCGGUAGACAAUGGAAAUGAAGACCUUGCAGAAAUAUUACAGAUUGCAAUGCAGAACCAAAUCAACACGAAUCCAGAGAGCCCAGACACUGUGACAAUACAUGCAGCAACACCACAGUUCAUCAUCGGACCUGGAGGGGUGGUGAACCUAACAGAUGAAACAGGAAUGUCUGCUGUACAGUUUGGAAAUUCAUCGACGUCAGUAUUAGCCACGUUGGCAGCUUUAGCAGAAGCAUCAGCUCCACUGUCUAAUUCUUCUGAAACACCAGUUGUGGCCACAGAAGAAGUUGUGACUGCAGAAUCUGUGGAUGGUGCUAUUCAGCAAGUUGUCAGUUCUGGAGGUCAGCAAGUUAUUACUAUAGUUACAGAUGGCAUUCAGCUUGGUAAUCUGCAUUCGAUUCCAACCAGUGGAAUAGGGCAACCAAUCAUUGUGACCAUGCCAGAUGGACAGCAAGUAUUAACAGUUCCAGCAACAGACAUUGCUGAAGAAACGGUGAUAAGUGAAGAACCGCCAGUGAAGAGACAGUGCAUUGAGAUUGUUGAAAAUCGUGUGGAGUCUGCAGAAAUAGAAGAAAGAGAAACUCUUCAGAAACAGCUGGAUGAGGCAAACAGAGAAGCACAAAAAUAUCGUCAGCAGCUUCUAAAGAAAGAACAAGAAGCAGAGGCCUAUCGGCAGAAGUUAGAGGCAAUGAACCGCCUCCAGACUAAUAAAGAAGCUGUUUAAUAAAAAAUGAACAUACUGCAAAGUCUAUUACUUUCAAAAACCUGCAGUACAAUCUUGAACUGUACGCUAUAUAGAUACAGACACAGGAUUACAUGAUAGAGAAGAUGCUACAAGUUGAUAACUGGACUUAAGCCGUGAGCUCAGAUGAGUUUCUUGUAACAUAAAAACUCUGAAUUUAGAAAUUGUGAAAAGUAUUUAAAAUGAAAUACUGUAAAUAGUUGUUUUUUUUACAGUUUCAAAAUGAGUUGAUAAAUCUUUUUGAAGGGAUCCAGAAACAUGAGAAGCCAAUGUUUUUGUGAAAUUUUUGAUUUUAGUAUGAAUCUAACUUCUGAAAAACAGAACAGUUUUAAGGGUGAUGUUGUUGAUUUAAGCUGACAACUUAAAAAUUAAUUAUGUGACAAAAUGAAUUAACAGUUAUUUCUACAUGGUAACAAGUUAAACUUCUCUGAAUAAGACAUUUCCAGGUGGAAAUCUUUGUACAGCUUUAAGUAGUUGUCUCAGAUUCUCUGAAAACCAUUUUUGUUUUUGUUUUUUUUUUUUUUAAUUUUAGGUGGUGAAAUUUUUAUAUUUAAUUUCAGAUAUAUCCCAAGUAGAUUUACAUGUAUAUGAAGCUAAUAUUUUUUAAACUUUUCAGUUUGUACAUAUGCUGCAUGUUUUUAUAAUUUCUACACAUACAUCUUGCAUAGGUAUUUUCAGCAAAGAUGAGAGAAAUUAUGAGAAAAAUGUUUAGGCUAUAGAUCAUUUGAGGUAAGCUCACAGCUGGUUUUAUUGUGGAUGGUAUAUUACUUGGAAGAAUGUAAUUUGUAAUUGAACAAAAAAAAAAAUCUUAAUUUACACACUAGAGGCAAUUUAAAAUUUGGUGGUGGAGGCAUGGAAACUUCACUUUGUGUGUCUUAAAAUUUUUGUGUAUAAACAUUUUAAAGUUCAGUAAUGAAUAGAAAAGAAUGUCUCCACUGGAACACAAAUAGUAGUUCUUUUAGAAUAUUCCUAUUGAUCUAUUUACCCCAAUAACCUUGAAAUUAUUUCAGUGAUACAUUUUUUCUAAGUGGACUUUUGCAUUUUAAUUAUGCAAUUGGACAAGUAAUUUUUUUUAUGUUGUAGUGAUGCUCUUACCUAGCAUCAUUGUUCUUCACUGUGAUACUGUGUUUGUGUGUGUCUGUGCAGUGAUCUAUUAUGCUUAGGAUUUAUAUAGCACGUUUCAUCUUCAGAGCAUUGUAAAAUUUUUUAAAGAACGCUUACUGUACUGCCUGAGGCAGGUAAGUGAGUGUUAUUGUCUCAAUUUUAUAACUGGUAUAAGUGCAACACAGGGAGUAUUAAAUGACUGGCCCAAGACCACAUGAAUCUGUGGUAGACCUGGGAAUAGAUCUCAGGAGAUCAUGGCUUCUAGUCCUGUGCUUAGACUGAGCUGCCUUAAGAUUGUUCAGUGCUGUGUUACAUUAAAUUUUGAACUACUGUGCAGAUUCCUUUUCUGUAAGAUAAAACUUCGUGCUUUGCUUUGUUGUUCCAUGUUUCACUGCUUUUAUGGAAUUGUUUAUAUAAACUUAAGCAAAAAGUCUAGUUUACCUAUACUGUACACAGAAGAAUUACCCUUAAAACUGUACUCUGGCCUACUUUUUCUAUUUUACAAUUAAAUAUCUUUUCCACAUA